CUAUUACUUCGGGGCAUGACUCAACGCUGGUGUCUUCUCCUGGCCACCGGGGUGGGCGUUGCUCUCCCUCGCCUCUCCUUCCAUUGGCUGCCGGAGCUCGGCGCCCACUCCGCAUUGGCCGCCCUUCUCUUCGGGGGCGGGUCUCCGAGCGAGCGCUGCUGCGAGUCCCCUUUCUGGCUGCGGGGCUGCAAGUUGCGGGCCGCUUGUUUUGCAGCUGAAGCGGAGAGGGCGAGGAAGGGAGUUCGCGGGAAACGGGGUCGCUCGCUGCAUCCUCUGAGAGGAGGGGGGAAACAAGGAAAGGACCCGAGCAGGGAUUGGCAGCGCCGCGAAGUUCGCCUCAAGUCUCGGCGGGCAGCAGCAGCAGCAGCUGUCGACGGCGGGACCAUGACGAGACUCGCCCUCCUGGUGCCUUUCGCCGCGCUGGUGCUGCUGGCGGGACGCGGCCGAGGACAAGAUUUUGACUUGGCAGAUGCAUUUGGCGAUCCUGAAGAUGUAACACAGAAGCCGAUUCCACCUAACAAAAAGCCAACACAACAUGAUGAUGAUGGCUUUAACUUGGAAGAUGCCUUUGUUGAUGACCCCAAGAAGCCAGAACCACCAGCACUACCUCAGCCAGAUCCUGGAAGCCAUGGCAAUACUGGUGAUUUUAGUGAUUUGGAUUUAAAUGAUGGUCAGGCACCCCCAGAUCCACCAAAAGGCCGUGCUUCUAAUCCUUCUUCAGGUGGCUCAGACUCUGGUGGCAAAGCGGAAGAAAAUCCAGGAAUGUUAGCUGGAAUUAUUAGCUCAGUACUUGUAGCAGUAGCUGGGGCUGUGUCGAGCUUUGUAGCCUACCAGAAGAAAAAGCUCUGCUUCAAAGCAAGUGAUGAAGAAAAUGUUAAUAUGCAAAGUCAACAAGGAGCACAUUCUGAACCACCUGUUCAACGCACACUUUUGCAGAAACAGUAGCAUCAUUUAAGAUUAAGCGAAGGCCAGAAAACUGGACAGAGAAUCUGCGUAUUUCCCUGAAAAAAUACCACACAUUUCAAGCAGCAAAAAAACGAAGUUGCAAAGUAGAGUGAAAAUAGUCCUGUUGAAAAUGUCUUUUGAAAGGGAGAAUGGACGUUUUAACAAAUCUAAGUACUUGUAUCUGUGGUUUACCCUUUGAAGUUCAAAGUUGCAUACUUGCUGAUUCCUGGCUUUAAAACAAAUUUGUAUUUGUUGGAAACUGUUGCUUUUGUCUGAAGACUCAUAUUUUGCAUUAUGGCAAGAACCUUAACAGAGGAGAUGAUUUUAAUGUAUACUGGUUAAAUGCCAAUAGGUGGGCUGCACCUGCCACUCAGUUGUUGGGAAUGGAAUAAAUGUUUGCCCUCUUCAUGUUCAUGCCCUAAAAUGCAGCACCUUACUUGUCCCCCAUAAGAAUAUAUCACAACCAUCUGCCAAAUGGAUAGAAGUUAAGCAUAGCCCUCAGGCCUAUGCUACACAUAGGGCUAAACUUCCUUGUUCCUAGAGACGCCAACUAUUUAAAAACUGCAUAACCUUAUCCUGGCUUUUGCUUUUUUUGUCAUCUUAGAAUGUGAGCAAUAGGUUUUUAUAUGUACAUGUAUUUGCCUUUGAAUAAGUGAUUAAGAUCUAAUGUCUCUUUUGGAGCAUCUCUGAUAAUUGUACCUUUGCCUUUACAAUGAUUGCAUAGGAGGUGGA